AUGGGUACCGGUCAAAGAUUUCAUCUGCCAGGGCCACUGAGAAGGUGGAGGCCCAAUGUUCAAUAUCAAGAAUGGCAAACAGACGGGAAGGAAUACAAGGCACGGCAUAUACUCGGGAUCACAGAAACUGCCCUGAACACAGCCCGUAAUCAGAGUAUCAGCUCUUCUGCUACGGCGCGACUGCCAGCCUUGUCGUUUUCUGACGCCACGACCGAGUUGGGAUCUUCUCAACCGCCACCAGAAAGGGCAGACACAACUCCGGACCUUCACCUGAAAGCCUCGUCAGUGCUGUUGCAUGAGGAAUUCCAGCUCCAUGCUGAUGCGGCCAGCUCUACUCGUUCCAGGCGACUCAAAACUUGUGGCUCCUCUUCCACUCUUAAUUCACAUUAUGACCGCCAGGACACACCCCUUGCCAUAUCUCAACAGACCUCGGAUUCGUCCAGACGCGAUUUCGCUCUCCGGAAGGGCUCACCAAUCGUCAUCCAAUCUACCACUCCAGACAAGGACUCUCAACGUCAAUUGCGGCUCUUUAGAUCGUCAAAAAAUCGAGACAAGUCUGAAAAGAAAAAGCUCACCAAGCCAGGCCCUGAGUCUCCCUCUUCACCAGCUCGGACGUUGUUUGGCAGCCAACGGUCAUGCGCAUCGUCCGACCAUGGUGCACACCCUGUCCCGGCCAUGUCCUCGCAGCCUCCUCUCCCUGACCAGCCGGCAAAAUCUCACAAAGGCGUUCGCUUCAACCAUACUGCUGCCACAACUUCUAUCAGCUCCAAGAAGUCGAAGGGAAGCUCCACAAUGUCUCCGCCGAAUGCGACCAAUGUCAAAAUCAAUAUCAAACGACCGAAGGCUGGGGCCAAAUAUUGGUUCGACGGACUCGAAGUCGAAAGUAGCGAAGACGAGAGCAUUCAUGAGCCAGAACUACAGCAAAGUUUCGUCGCUGGGAUGGAAAUGGCGUUCGAGGACGGCCGAAUUGGCCUUCUAUCCAAGGACGCGAAUCGAGUCUACAAUGCCACAGCAGAUAUGCUUGGUCAAGGUUCGGGUCCGCUCAGUUCCCAGACCAAACCUCCAUCCAGCCACUUGCUUCCAGCCUCGGCUAUUCCACCACGCAUCUCAACCCUCAAUGCGAAGUCGUCGAGGUCUACACUGUGUCAGAAUGGGUCGCAACGGGCUUCGUCAACCCCGUCGAAGCCAAAGGCGAGUUCACUCGCGUCCAUGGAUCUACACCAUACCAGCAUCCUGGAUCUAUCGUCUUCGGAUGACGACGAGCCUCCGCCCCGCGACACAGAAAUCGUGGAAAAUUCAUUGCCACCACUGCGUGAGAGUAUCGCUGUUGAAUCCCUCACGGAAUCAGAAAUCGAGAUCGCAACGGCCAAGGCUGUUGAGACUAAGCAACAGUCGUCAUUCCUCGGUACGCCCAGUUUAAGGCGUGUGCAUGGCGGCCAACCUAGACGGAAAGAGAGAGCAGCAAUGAAUGUUCACCAUAAGCGACCGGGUCGACGGUUCACGUAUCUCAGUGACCAAUCAUCGGACCCAAUGUUAGACGAAACCGAUUUGCUCACCUCAUUUCCUGCGACGCCAACCGAUCCGCCGUCUUCACAACGUGAGUCUUUUCAAGGCUCUUGUUUGUCUGAUGGUGCAAGCAUAGAAAGCCGAAGACUUAUGAGCGUAACCAGGCAGGAAGAGUCACUGCUGGCUGCUAUGAGAUUGAGGAAGGCAGUCUUAAAUCAGGGCCAUGGAGGUACAGCUGAUCGCCGAGUCCGGGCACUGAGAGGCGUACCUACAAGGCCACAGCGGCAACUACAGAGAAGUUCCGUGACCAUGGAAGUCCUAGCUCACUCGCAAACUCGAAAGCCAGAACGUGUACAGUCUAUCUACUCUGGAAAUUUUGACCAAGCUUCAUGCACGACUUUUCAGACCGGCAUAUCGAACGACCCAAGCGUGCGGUUCUCUCUCGCAAGCUUCCGAACAGAAACAUCAGUAGAACCGGAGACUGAUGUGUCUCCAUCAUUGGUUAUGACCUCACCAACUUUUCUCGCACCAAACCCAGGCAAUCGUAUGAGCCGUUCGACAUUCUUUUCGACAUCGACCAAUGACUCGAGAGACAAUUUAUGCAACCGUCGAGAGAGCCACUACCUUUCAACCCUGGAAAAACUCCAAACUGUUCCGCAGAGGGACGAAGUUUCAUCGCAGGAUUUCAUCGACUGGCCAUAUCGUGGAUGGGAGACUCGGUCGAAACUCGCGGCUGCGCAUUAA